CCAGUGAGCGUGCCGAGUGAGAGUGAGUGAGCAAGAGGAAAAGGACAGAGUGAAAGGGUGAGCUAGGCAGAGAGAAGCAUCUCUUGAGUGCAUUCAGCUCGCAGCAGCUCAGGAGGCAGGAAGGCAGAGCAGAGGGGGGAGAGCACCUGCACCACACACCUCUCUCUCUCUCUCUCUCUCUCUCUCAGACACCCUCUCGCACGUCACACACACGCAUUUGUGAGGAGGCGUGAGGCUCAAGAGGAGGAACACCACAUACACGCACGUUGUUUCGUUGGCUUAGCUGCGCUUUGGAGAGCUGUCUCUUGAAGACUGGACCAGAGCUGUAUCCAUCGCUUCAUCCAUCCGUUUCCUUCCUUCCUGCUUUCCAUUCCUCUAACUCAGAAGCAGCUCUCUGUCACCCAUCCCCCAAUUAUUUGGACUGAUUUGCUCUCUGUCAUUCAUCUAACCUCUGACCAGUGUGUGUGUGUCUCUCUCUCUCUGUAACCAUCUCAGCCUGUCUCUGCUCUCACUCCAUUCAGCCAAGAGAUCAAGAGACACACUUGGAGAGCAACUAACCGACUGCCUGAGACACCGACCUUUCGAGCGCAAUCAUGAACUUCCUUCGCCGCCGCCUCUCUGACAGCAGCUUCAUGUCCAACCUGCCCAACGGCUACAUGACAGACCUCCAGAGGCCUGACCCAGCUGCUCCUCCUCCCCCCACCGCCACCUCCCCUUCCCAGCAAAGUGCACCCCCAACCUCGGCGCCCGCGCCUGCCCAGUCCCCGACCAAAGCUCCAACACCGUCCCAGGCACCCGCCAGCUCCCCCGCAGCUCAGGAGCGGCGUGCGAGCCAGCCGGCUCAGCAGCCUCAACAGGCCCAGCCGUCCUCCUCCUCCUCCUCUGGCUUCUUCAGCUCCUUCAGCUCCAUCAGCUCCAUCACCAACGUGGUCAAACAGACGGCGGCAUCCGCCGCUGGGUUUGUGGAGCAGUCUGCUACGUCUCCCUCGCUCUCCAAGAAGUUCAAGAUCCUGUUGGUCAUUGACGAGCCCCAGCAUGAGUGGGCCAAAGUGUUUCGGGGAAAGAAGGUCCUUGGAGACUACGACAUCAAAGUGGAGCAGGCUGAGUUCUCAGAGGUCAACCUCAUCUCACAUUCAAAUGGUACCUGUAACGUGGACAUGCAGGUCAUCAGGAGCGGGACCAAAGUGGUCAGGUCUUUCAGGCCUGACUUUGUUUUGGUGCGCCAGCACGCCUUCAGCAUGGCCCAGAACGAGGAUUUUAAGAACUUAAUCAUUGGUCUGCAGUAUGCAGGCGUCCCCUCUGUCAACUCUCUGGACUCCAUCUACAACCUCUGCGACAAACCUUGGGCUUUUUCCCAGCUGAUCAAUAAUCAGAAGAGGCUGGGUUCAGAGAGGAUCCCUCUUAUUGAUCAGACUUUCUACCCCAACUACAAAGACAUGAUCACAUCACCAAGUUUCCCAGUGGUGGUAAAGAUCGGACACGCCCACUCUGGAAUGGGAAAGGUCAAAGUGGACAAUGUGAGUGACUUCCAGGACAUUGCAAGUGUGGUGGCCAUCACUCAGACAUACUGCACCACAGAGCCAUUUAUAGACGCCAAGUACGACAUCCGGGUCCAGAAAAUUGGCGCUGACUACAAAGCAUACAUGCGAACAUCCAUCUCUGGUAAUUGGAAGAGCAACACCGGAUCUGCCAUGUUGGAACAAGUAGCCAUGACUGACAAGUAUAAGAUGUGGGUUGAUACCUGCUCAGAGAUCUUCGGAGGGCUGGAUAUCUGUGCUGUCAAAGCCAUCUGUGGCAAGGAUGGUAAUGACUACAUUACUGAGGUUGUGGGUUCAUCUAUGCAGCUGAUUGGUGAUCACCAGGCGGAGGACCGCCAGCUCAUCUCAGAAGUGGUUCUGGCUAAGAUGAGCCAAGCACUGGCCACCAGGUCGUCUAGCGCUUCCCGCUCACCUGCUCGCUCCCCUCAAGGCCAGAAGCCAACUACUGUGCAGCCCCAACAGAGUGCUGCCCUUAAGGAAGGACUUGCAGAUCCAAGCAGGACGUCGGUUCAGCCCCCUCAUCCUCAAGGUGCACCAGUGAAAUCACAGAGUGUGGAGACAUCAUCCGAGUCAGCUAAGAGAGCAUCUGAGCCGUUACCAAAGACCAACCAGGCCCAGAAAUCAGGCCCAGGUCCAGCACAGAAACCAUCUCAGGCACAGAAGAGCCCAGUCCAGAGGGCCACCUCCGUCACAAAGCCUCCAGUGCCAAGGCCUCCCCCAAUGACGAGAGCCCCAUCCCUCGCAAAGUCAGCCCCAGAUUCUGCUUCCAUCCCAACCCCAGCCAAAGCUUCACCAUCAUCCCCAGUUCCAGCAGCAGCAGCAGCUGCAGCAGCUCCAGGCUCUCCCCCAACCAAAGCAGCAGCAGCAGCAGCAGCCGUGGAGGCCCCAGCCCCGGCCUCAGCCUCAGCUCCUACCACAGAGCAGCCCAAGCCCAAGCCUCAGGGCUCCCCAUCUCCAGCUCCUGGCAAACCAAAAGAGCUGCCCCCCAAACCCGCACCACCUGCAAAGCCCAUCCCUCCAUUACGCAGGAAUUCAAAGCCGCAGCUCCAGCCAAAGCCGCAAACCCCGCCGCCACCCAAGACUUCACCUAAACCCCAGCCCGCUGCCCAAGCCCCAGCACCCACUCAGGCCUCAGAUACUGCCUCAACCCCUGCCCCAGUACAGGUUCAGUCCCCAGCCAGAGCCAGCCAGUCCCCGCCUAAUGUCCAGUCUCCAGCUAAGGCAAAGCCCCAGGCCAAACCGGCCUCUCCUUCCCAAAACCCCGAGCCUGACCCAGCUGAAGCUGCCGCGGCCCCCGCUGAGGCAGAAGCCCCUGUGGAAGAACAGCCAGGAUCCCAGCAAAAGGCCCAUCCUCUGCUGAAUAAGUCCCAGUCCCUGACCAAUGCCUUCAGCGCCUUCAGCGACUCCUCUUUCUUCCGCGGGGUCUCAAGCACUGGAGGUGACGGCCAAGACGAGGUGAAGGCAGAGACCAUUCGCAACCUCCGAAAGUCCUUCGCCAGCCUUUUCUCUGACUAGACAUAGCCGAACCGUAGACAGCCAUUUAUCGAUUCUGCCCACCACCCCUUUUGCCGUUGGCCAGUGAUGACUUGAUUGACAUUAAAUGUGAACCAGUCUGAGAUUAAACAAUGUGUGUUAACUGUACUGUAUUCCCUCCGUCCCGGUCACUCCCCUCCUCCACUUUCAGCUUCUCUGUGUGAGUAACAGUGAGGCCUGCUGGGUAGGACAUUCAGUGAAGGAUGCUGUGCCAGAAUAAAUGGACUGAAGGAGUUAUGUCAUUGAUAUAGUAGAACAGAAUAGAAUAACAAAAUAUUUAUUUUUCCCAGAGUACACUUUAAGGAACUCUUUCUGAAGUAUAUAAAAAAGUAGAAUAUUUAAAGACUACAGAUAGAAUGUACAUACAGUAUAUAUAUUUAUACAUACACAUAUAUAUACAUAUAUAUACAGUAUAUUAAUACAAACGUCAUUCAAUUAGUUUUUGUCAGUGACAUAACUCUUUCAUCCAGUGGCUGGAUUCAUACAUACAGUAUUUAAAAAAACAAAUCUGAUAUUUGAUAUUUAUUGGUUUGACCCACAGUGAAUCAAUUUUAGUCAGUAAGUGACAUUUUGUCAUUAAGGAUUUGUUGCUGUGUAAAUCCAGCCAAUGUGUCUCUGGUCCUUGGCUACUGACUACUGGGCUCGUCAUUGCUUUCCCUUUUUUUGUCAACAAGCCUUGAAGUUCAUUGUCGUGUGAGGGAGUUGGAAAUACGUGUAUGUUCAUCUGUGUUCAAUUGUUAUGCAUGGCUCCUCCAAGUGGCUCAGUAAGACUUUUGGAGAAGGGAGCUCUAUCAGUGUUGAGUUUUGCCUUUCUCUUCGCUCUCUUUCUCUCUCUCUCUCUCUCUCUCUCUCUCUCUAGAUGUUGUAGCCUUAUUGUGAACAUGUUUUCAAUUCACAGCUACAUUUGUUAGCUGUGCAGACCUGGGUCGAUUACAACUCGAAAUGUUUUCAUUUACUUCAAGUGUUUAAUUAAGUAAACUAUUGAGGGCAAGAUUGACUGAUUGCAACUGUUGUAGUUUUGGGAGCAUUGGGAUUGGCCCUAUUGCAUACCAGGCUGAAUAAAUCAAUGCUAAAAAGUAAACUGAAUGCAUUUCAAAGGGUAAAAAAGACUAAUGUCUGUAGCUGUGACUGGUGAUUUCUUGUUUCACCUCUGUGUAGAUCUAUCAACAGUCUCGUAAUGUGUUGAUUAUUCUCAUGAAAAGACAUUGAGACAGUAGUGCAAUAACACCUCAACAUGCCUGUUGAGCGCUGUCACAUUAUCAAUAUAAAUAUGAUCAUACAGGACCUGUGUAUCUGUUAAAUACCUUACUCUUACAUUCCCUUUAAGAUUCCUUUCAGUCGCGACUUUCCAGGUUGCUUUUUACUGCAGUCAGAUGCUGGCUUUCAGAUUAAUAGUCCAUGUAAAACUGUUGGUUUUUGUGUUUAACCCUGUUUGUGGGUGGGACUAAAUUUAAGGCAACCUGGAAUUAACCCAGUACCUUGACUGGUCAUUUUUAAUUGAGUUGCUGCUGCAUUUCAAGUUCAUAUGUGGAAAAAGAAAAGAAAAACACUUAAGAACCACAUAUCAACCUGUCUACUUAUCCAUUUCCAGUACUAUGUUGCAAGUAAAUUAUAGCAUAUUGUAUUUGUAUGUAAGUAUGUGUCAUCUCAGGAGUUUAUUUUUUUUGUACUAUAUUGAUUGAUAGAUGUUUUGGAGGCUCCAUAUUUAUGGUAGAGUAUAUAUUGUUUGUUUUGUAUUGUGUGUUUUUAUUUGUAACGCGAUACUGCUUUGCAUGAUCUGGUGACUGAUUAUGUUUUUGUUUUUUUCUGUACAGAUAAAAGUUAAUAAAGAUGUGAUUCCAUCAUUCCACUAAUUCACUAAGUAAGA